AUGCUGAGGAAUCUGUUGGCUCCUCAUCAAAUCACCCAGAGGACUGUAAGUACUGCUUCAUGCAGGCAAUUUGAAAAUAAAGUUCCAGAAAAACAAAAGCUAUUUCAGGAUGGUAAUGGAAUACCAGUGCACCUGAAGGGUGGGAUAGCUGACGCCCUCCUGUAUAGAGCCACUAUGGUUCUUACAGUUGGUGGAACAAUGUACGCUAUGUAUCAGCUGGGCAUGGCUUCAUUUCCCAAGAAGCAGAAUUGACUUCAGUUUAUCA